CCAGCAGCCCCCGCGCCGCCGGGGUCCUGACCGGCCGCGCCGCCUCCCGCCGCCCCCGCCGCCGCCGCCGCACGUGUCUCCAGCGCGAUGCCCAAGUCCAAGCGCGACAAGAAAGUUUCCUUAACCAAAACUACCAAGAAAGGCUUGGAACUGAAACAGAACCUGAUAGAAGAGCUUCGGAAAUGUGUGGACACAUACAAGUACCUCUUCAUCUUCUCCGUGGCCAACAUGAGAAACAGUAAGCUGAAGGACAUCCGGAACGCCUGGAAGCACAGCCGGAUGUUCUUUGGCAAAAACAAGGUGAUGAUGGUAGCCUUGGGGCGAAGUCCAUCUGACGAAUACAAAGACAACCUGCACCAGGUCAGCAAGAAGUUGAGGGGUGAAGUUGGUCUUCUUUUCACCAACCGCACAAAGGAUGAAGUGAAUGAGUGGUUUACAAAAUACACGCAGAUGGACUUUGCCCGAGCCGGUAACAAAGCAGCUUUUACUGUGAGCCUGGACCCAGGUCCCCUGGAGCAGUUCCCCCACUCCAUGGAGCCCCAGCUGAGGCAGCUGGGCCUGCCCACGGCCCUCAAGAAAGGUGUGGUGACCUUGCUGUCUGACUAUGAGGUGUGCAAGGAGGGCGAUGUGCUGACCCCGGAGCAGGCCCGGGUUCUGAAACUCUUUGGGUACGAGAUGGCAGAGUUCAAAGUGACCAUCAAAUACAUGUGGGACUCACAGUCGGGAAGAUUCCAGCCAAUGGAAGAUGACCUGCCUGAGAGCGCACCUGAGUCCGAGGAGGAGUCGGAGGACGAUGAGGAUGACUAAGGCCUUUCAGCGCCAUCGGCGCCCCACAAGACCCAGCAGGACUCCGCUGCCCCUCUGGAGAUAGCCCCUAUUUAUUUUGCUAUAGACAAAGACAGAGGAGGCUGACUGUUUCCAAAGAAUGAAAUUGAGUUCACAGAUAACUCCUGUAGACAGCAAGAGACUUUUCUAAAAAGCCUUUGGCUUUGUGCCCUGCUUGGACACUAGGGUUUCCCGUUUACCUAGUGAGCGAGUGUAGUCCUGACCCCUGGGGGACCACUACGGCAGGUGGUGGCAUUGCAGCUCCAAGGGUGGCCAAGAGCAGCCCCACAGAGGGGCUCCCUCCUCUCCAGGAGAGCACCUCUGAUGCCUUGCACUUCAUACAAUCCAUUUCUGAGAAAUUAGGUGCCUUGGAGAUCUUGACACGUCCAAACCCAGAGCUGACUGGUUGAUAUCAAGAAGUCAGGGGCCUUUAGAAACUUGAGAAAGGCCAAGCACCCAUGGCUCAUUCCUGUAAUCCUAGCUACCCAGGAGGCUGAGAUCUGAGGAGCACAGUUCAAAGCCAAGUGGACAA